AAUGAACCCAGGUGACCAUUUUCGUGUAGAAUUCGAUAUUUCGAAGGUAUCCGAUAAGAGUACAGUCAAGUACUGCGAUAACUCGAGGGGUUCUGUCAACUGUGAUAACGAUGGAUAUCAAUUCGGAUUAACCAAGAAACCCCUAUCCGGAGGUCGAAUCUCGGCUCCAAUCGAACCUACAGAGACUGAUAACCACUAUGCGCUUCUAGGAGGAGGCCAUGGUGAUUUAUACCAAUGCUCUGUCAAGUUCACACGACAUGGCGACGACGAAUUUAAACAUAUCACACUUACAAAUUGGAAGAACUCCGACCACAAAGUAGGGGAUUUCAAGAUCACAAAGCCAAAUAAAUCUCACAAACUUAAGGGAUUACCGAAGGACCUGGAACUCAAGAUUACCGGCACUAUCGGUUCGAAGAUUGGGUUCGAGUAUGCUCCUAGUGAAAAGCAGAAUCCAAAUUGGUUCGAAUGGGACACCGAGUCUACAGGAACGGGUAAAGGGCCCGCUACCGGCUCAUCCACGCAAUCAAAAACAGGCAGCUCCAGGGCUUAUUGUGCUGUUGUUAAAAAGACUGUGAAGAAGGAUGACAAGAAAGAUGACGACAGCGAUGGUAGUAGCGAUGGUAGUAACGGUGGUAAAAAGGAUAGCAAGAAGGAUAACAAGAAGGACGGCAAGAAAGAUGGAAAGAAAAAGACCAAGAGAACCGGCAGAAAGGGAAAGGGAAAGGGAAAGGAAAAGGGCACCUCAAGCCAUGGUUCACUUCCCAUCAGACCUGCUCCCGGGGGCUCGUCAGGCCAAAAUAGCGGAACUCACGCCGGAGGUCAGACGGGUACCGGAAGCCAGAAAGGUAGUGGAAGCCAAAAGGGUUCAGGGGGUCAUUCCGGAGGAAGUUCUGGAGGCCAUACUGGAGGAGGUGCCAGUGGAGGUGGUAAUAAUGGUGACAACGAGGAAAAGCUAGAGGAGAUCGAAUGUUACUUUCCCUGCUACGAACACGCCAACGGAAGGUGAGGGUAUUCCAGAUCUUCUAUCAUGAUUCCUCGUUUUGGAUAGGUGCCAUCGAGCGAGGUAAUUAUAUGCACCGGAGAGGAGCUGGGCUCUUGGGUGUGCGUAAAGACCUACCUGUCAGAUCACAAGGCUCAUUGUACAAAAUAUUUCUUGUAUAUAUUUCUUCUUUCUUUCUUUCUUUCUUUACUUUUCGCGAAUUUUCAUUCCAUCUUUUUCUUAUUUAUAUUCAUGUAUACUAUCGAAUUAUAGAAUUAAAAGCUUAACAUAGAAUUUGGUUGCAC